AUGUCUACGCAAUUUUGCCUCCUUUUUCUUCACCUUGUGCUCAAGCUGCCAUCGCUCCCACCUCCGUCUGCUCCCAAAGGCAAUCCCUUCCCUUCGGCUUCCUCUCCUCCACUCCGUUUUUCCUCCCUUGUGUGUGUGUGGGGGGGGGCCUCUGGCAAGAUUUUACCAGAAAUGAGCGCCAAUUCUGGUGCUGCUUAUAUUCUGGCAGCAGGGGGCGCCUGCAGGGGUUCUGUGGGGGGGGGUCUUCACACCCCCUCUCCGCUGCCAAGACCACAGCAGUGCGCAACGUUAGCCCUUCUGCUCCGCCUUUUCCAGGGGCUGUUUUCCAUCCUCCCGUUUCCGUUUUCCUCAUUGUUCUGCCUCCUUUUGUUCUUUGGUGCCUCCUCUUCCUCAUGA